CUCGAAAUAGUGGUUUUGAUAGCUGCAAGGAGAUCUUCAGUGUGAUUAACAGUACAGAAUCAGCUCUUUGCAAGUCUCUCUAUGUGGCAGGAUUUCGCUGGAUAGAAGCUGAUCUUACUUCUUCUGUUGUCGGAAGUCAGUGUUGGACAUAUUUGAUUGUUUACAGGCCAAAUUUAGUUCCUAACUACCCGGUUGAAAAUGGUGUCAAAUGGAGCUUCAUUGCAACAUCUGCACUAAUAAAUUUUUGUGAAGAUAUUGUCAUUAUUUUGAACUCAUCUGAUGAUGGAAAACAAACUGUGGGGCAAAUAAGAACCUUGAUGAAUAAUUUUGAGAAGAGAUCAAGGCUGGAUUUAAAUAUUGUCCACCCUUCAUUUCCUUGGAAUGGAGGGGCAGGACCUUCUCCUCCAAAUCAGGUAGUGGUUGUUGGUGGAGGACUGGCUGGUCUUACUGCUGCAGCUUCUUUGUCUAAGGCUGGUUUUCAUGUUGUCCUUCUAGAGGCUUCCAAUUACUUAGGUGGAAGAGUGAAACAGGCUCAGCCAUUUGAAGGAUUUGCUCCAAUUGAUCUUGGUGGAGAGUUUAUCCAUGGAUCCAACACUGUGGUGAAUAAGAUUGCUCGUGACAAUGACUGGGUUGUUCUGCCAGCUUCUCAGUGUAAAGCUGGGGAGGAAGGAGAAAAGUUAUACUACAAAGGAAAACUCUACUCGCCUAACAGCAAUCAACGGGAAAUCAAACUUGCUAGAGAAGCGUGGGCCGAAUUGAUCAACAGCAAAUACAGAAAUCAAGAACAGGAGACGGAGCCUGAUUCUGUGAAAGUGAGACUUGAAGAGAAAGGCCUGUCACGUGACGUGUUGGAUGUAAUUGAUUGGUGGAAAAUGAAGAUAUCUGCAGGAUCCUUGGAACACUAUGGAGUGCGGGAAGGGCGGAGGAGAAUGGAGUCCAAAUAUGAGUGGGGAAUUGAAGAUUGUAGUAUUUGGCGGGAAACGAAUGUCUGGAUUCAUUUGUUUCGGGCAGGAGACAGGACGACAGCCAACAACGGUGGACGAAUUCUUCUGAGAAAUCAGCAUGGCGAAGAGAUGACCGCCAAGCACGUGAUCAUUACCGUACCACUAACAGUCCUCAAAGAUGGCGACAUAACCUUCACUCCAGCACUUCCCGCGGACAAGAGCAAGGCCAUACGCACGAUACAGAUGCUAGGCGCUUGGAAAAUCGCUUGUCGUUUCAAACGCCGCUUCUGGCCGGAGAAGCUUCAUCAAAUUUACAGCGUUUGUGGGUUCGCUAGUGAGAUAUGGACUUGCUCACAUGAUUCUCCCGACAGUGACGAAAAAUGUCACGUGGUUGUCGGCUUUGAAACAGCAGAGCCCGCGGAAGAGAAACGGUAUCUCAGCGGACAAGAAGUAUUGAUUGGAUUUUUGCAUCAUCUGGACGAGAUGUUUGGAAAUUCUUCGAACCCAAGCCCUGCUAGCGACUCGUUCAUGGACUUCGUGUACUUCCAUUGGUCAAACCAUCCUUACAUUCGCGGCGGAUAUACCUCGCCCACUGCGCAUGCGUACGAAUUCCGUCACCUCCUUGCCAGCCCUGUUGACGAUCGCUUGUUCUUUGCGGGUGAAGCCACGAGUCUAAGGUCGUGUUCGACUGUACCUACUGCGAUAGAAACUGGGAAGCGCGCUGCAGAUGAAGUUUGUUGUGCGGCUGGAAUGGUCCCUCUUGCGAAACUUUAAUGAUAGCUGAUUGCCUCAAGUGCUGCUGCGGUGACAGGAAACAGUUUA